AUGGCGGCUGUUCUUGGCUACUGGGGCAUGCGAGGCUUGGGCCAACCUAUCCGAAACCUGCUCGUCUACAAGGGCGUCCAGUUCGAGGACAAGCGGUACAAGUUCGGACCGGCGCCCGACUACGACCGCGGGGAAUGGCUGAGGGAGAAGUACACUCUGGGACUGUGGUUUCCCAACCUGCCCUACUACAUCGGUGACGACGUCAGACUGACCCAGAGUUUGGCCAUACUGCGUUACCUUGGCCGAAAGCAUGGACUGGUCGCAAACAACGACAAGGAGAUGGUCGAGCUGGACGUCCUGGAGCAGCAGGCCAGAGACCUGGUGCUCAUCCUGGGCUUUGCGGCGAGACCGCAGCCUCGCUAUCGGGAGGGCCUCAGUUCAUACGCCGAAAAUAUCAAGGACAUGGUAGACCCGUGGUCCAGGCAUCUGGCCUCCCGUGAAUGGGCCUUGGAAGACAGGCUGACGUACGUCGACUUCGUGCUCUACGAGGGGCUCGACUGGCAUCGCGAGUUCAAGCCGGAAGUUCUGGCCAGGUACCCGCCGCUCGUCUACUACCUGGGGAGAUUCGAAGAGCUACCAAACGUGAAGGAGUACUUCGCAUCUGAGAAGUAA